AUGGUGACCUGGAGUAAGGUUCAAUCAACUGUUUUAGUAGCAAUCCAGACCCCCGCACCUGUGGAAUUCCUGGAUGAUGGUUCUGGUGAGGUCCAGACCACCGCCCCUACUAAGGUCCAGGCUAAGGUGAAGGACCAACCAGAGAGUCUGGAUGAGGAUAGAGCUCGCAGAAAACUGAGAGCAGCAGAGGGGGGUGGAUCCGUGAGUAUGAGAGGUUCUCUAAAGAAAUGGAAGGGUGGUAGUGAAGCCGAAAAAAUCAUAGCCAGAGGGAACAACCUCUGGUAUAAGUGGGCAAGAUAUACUGCUACAACUGUUGAACCAGGAAAGAACUGUUAUGUGUGUUCAAUGGCACAGGAAGAGAAGGUGGUCAUUCCGAACAUUAAGCAGAAGUCUUCUCAUGGAAUCGUGCUGCUGGGGAAAACUGGUUCUGGAAAGAGUGCCUCAGGAAACACCAUCCUGGGGAGGGAAGCUUUUAAAGAGGAGUUCUCAUUUGAAUCUGUGACUGAAACCUGCAGUAAUCAACAUACUGUAGUGAAUGGUAGAGAAAUUACAGUGAUUGAUACACCAGGAUUGUUUGAUACAAACAAGCCUACAAAAGAGCUGAAGGAUGAGAUGAAGAAGUGUGUUGAGAUGUCGCUCUCUGGGCCUCAUGCCUUCCUGCUGGUGAUCAGAUUAGAUGUGAAGUUCACAGAGGAGGAGAGGAAUGUUGUGAAGUGGAUCCAGGAGAACUUUGGUGAGGGGGCGCUGAAGUACACUAUAGUGCUCUUCACUCGUGGGGAUGUGCUGGAGGGGAAAUCAGUGGAGGAAUUUCUGAGUGAAAGUCCUGCUGUCUCAUCUGUUAUUGAACAAUGUGGGGGUAGAUAUCAUGUCUUCAACAAUAAGAGUGAAGACAGCACUCAGGUCAGAGACCUUUUGGAGAAAAUUGAGGCCAUGGUGUACAAGAAUGGGGGAACAAACUACACCAGUGGGAUGUACAAUGAGGCACAGAGAAAAAUAGGACACAAGGAGAGCACAUCGACAGGAAGUCACGUGGGGAAGCCAUGA